AGUGUGCCGUGGACCAGCGCACUGGCAUACCGUACGGCAUUUCGCUCGUAUAACGAUCCCUCUCUCACUCGCUCUCUUCCCGCAUCAGUGUGCGCGCAGCAGCAGCGGCAGCGGCAGCGGCAGCGUUUUAUACAUACGUACACACACGGAACAGCAGUCUGAUUGCGCGCGCGGUGCGGCGGUGCGGCAGUGUUCCUUCCUCGCUCCUACCGCCCCAUCAGUCGACGCACGGCUAUUGCGGCUGGUGGUGCGUUUUCUCCCAGCGGCUCCUCUCUCUCUCUUUCUCUCUCUCUCUCUCUCUCAGUGCAGUUCGUGCAUACGUACGCGCGAUUACACAGUGUGCAUCCAUCGUCGUCGACAGCUCUCAAGGACAUACUCACCUCUUCCACGAACAGAGCGAUACCAAUAACGGGCUAUUUAAAUCUCGGCGGCAGCAGCUGUCAGCGAUCGACGGCGGGCCACGCGCUGGGCUGUCGCGUGCCGGGCAGCUUUUAUAGCCCGUCUCAUUACCCGCUUUACUGCGUCGUAACGCUUUAACGAUCAUCGCCGCUCGCCGAGUGUUUUCAUCGCGCCUCUGAGCAGAGAGACGAGGACAAGUGGCGAGAGAGAAAGUGGCCAUAAACCCCGCGUGCUACUGCUGGUCGAGGAUGCUCUCGACGUGAGUCCUUGUGCCGGCGCCUCUCGGUCCCUCUGUUUACUAAGCCAGUGAGUUCGCGUGCGAGCGAAACCUGCGGUGCGCGACCAGAUGACUUUUACGGCCCGCUGCCAGUUUGCCGCGCUUUUCGCUCCAGUCUGAGACAGCGCGAGACAGGACAGUCGAGGCGGCUCUCUUCCCGCUGACUCCAGUUCUAGUGCAAGUGAUCCAAGAUAGCCGGAGUAGCGAUGAACUCGUACUUCGAGCAGAGCGCGAGUGGCUUCUACGGGAGCCACCACCACCAGAGCUCGGCCGCGGCCCAGCACCACGACCCGGCCACCGCCGCGGCCUACCGCAGCUUCCCGCUCGGCCUGGGCAUGUCGCCCUACGCCAGCAGCCAGCACCACCACCACAGCUCCUCGAGCCUGGGCAUACACCCGGGCGGCGGGACGAACACGCGGCCGCCCCAGGACUCGCCGUACGACGCCAGCGUCGCCACGGCCUGCAAGCUCUACUCCUCGACGCCCGAGGCGAGCGGACACAGCACGUCCUCGUACACGGCGGCGGCCGCGGCCGCUAGCAAGGACUGCAAGCAGCAGGAGCAGGCCGUCGCGGCGGCCCACCAGAACGGCUACGCCGCGGUCAUGGCGGCCGCGGCGGUCAAGGACGUCUGGCAGACGGCCUCGGCGGUAGCGAGCGGCCAGAGCGGCGCCGGCACCGGGGCCGGCAACUCCGCGGUGGUGCGCCCCUCGGCCUGCACCCCCGAGGGCUCGAGGGUGGGCAGCUACUCGGGCCUGGUGAGCGGCGGCGACGCGGCCUCGAGCCCCGGCAACAACGGCUCGAGCCGCUCGCUCAGCUCCUCCUGGAACACCUGCAGCCUCAACACCUCCGCGACGAGCCAGCCCGUAGCCACGCAGCUACACCAGCAGCCCACCGCCAACCAUACCUUCUACCCCUGGAUGGCCAUAGCAGGUAAGGACGAUAUGGCUAAGCCGCAUUGGACCUGGUUGCAAGGAGCGAACGGUUUGCGCAGGCGCGGCCGGCAGACGUACACGCGCUACCAGACUCUCGAGCUCGAGAAGGAAUUCCACACGAACCACUACCUCACCAGGCGGAGGCGAAUAGAGAUGGCCCACGCGCUCUGCCUGACGGAGCGACAGAUAAAAAUAUGGUUCCAGAACAGGCGAAUGAAGCUGAAGAAGGAGAUACAGGCGAUCAAGGAGCUGAACGAGCAGGAGAAGCAGGCUCAGGCGCAAAAGGCGGCGGCGGCUGCGGCCGCGGCGGCAGCGCAUCAACAGCAGGGGGGGCCCGAUGGGGGCAACUAGGGGUACGCCCUGCACCGGAGCCCCCCCGAUCACCCCACGGCCAAUCCGCACCACCCUCUGCUAGCAGCCCAGUGUACACAGCUGUAUUAAGGUGAGUGGCAGCCAGCAGCAGCCGUUUCUGUAAUGCCAAAAAGGUAUGGAUGUGCGUAACUGUCGAUGGUGCGCCUCUCCGCGCGCUUAUCGGUUGUGCGGCGAACGGAAUAUGCUGCACCCGGUGAGUGACGAAGUACCCCGGACUUUCUCCCGUAGCUCGCAUCCACUCGCCCUUGAACUAGACUUUUUUCAAACACACCAUCACCACCAUCACCAACCAACUACUCCAACACCACGUCGGAACGUUAGAAAAAAAAAACAAAAUCAGAACGACACCACGUGUGCGAACUUUUUGUGCGAAGCUAUACUUUGCUUUGUCUCGUUUAGCAUUUUUUGUUGCGACCUUAUUUAUAUAUAAUAGCUGCGCCGUCGAGAGAAGCCUAUGUUUUGUUUGUAAUAAUCCGGCGUUUCUUUUGUGAAUUUCCGGCUAAAUCAUGGGCGGAGAGCGACCGACGGUCUGUAGUUGCGACUCGAGAGAAUCUGGUGCGUCAUGCGGCUAUUUGUAAACGUAUAGAGACUACAAAAUGGAGAGAAAGAGAGGAGAGGCUCUGUACCCGCGCGUGAACGAGAGAGGCAUGCAUUUUUUUACGCAAAGGCAGAACAAUGUAGGAUAAAUCGAACCGGGGGUUGAGGAGGAGCUUGCGGUCCGCGAAGGCGUAUAUAUAUAAUAUAUAUGAUACAUAAUAUAUAUAUAUAUAUAUAAUUUUGCAAAUGUGAAAUAACAAAACAAUGAAACCUAAAAUACGUAAAACUAGAGCUGCAAAAAAGUGAAUUCUAGACGUUAAGGUACGUUUCAUAGGCUAAGCGAGAAAAAUGAAAAUUGAUCAUCCGCGCAAAUGCAUGUAAUAAUACGAUCGCUGCAAUCGAGAUGGAAGAAAGAGUGAAUAAUUGCUUAUAUAUAAUUAAAAUACACACAUGAUGAUAUUAUAAAUAGUCGUGCGAAUCUUGGUGUACAAAUUUUGUUCCCUUCUUCUUCUUUUUUAUUUUCCGUACUCAUUAAGUUUAUUAUUAAUAUUAUUUUUUAUCAUUAUAAAUUUGAUAUUAUUAUUAUUACGAUUAAUUAUUGUAUUUUGCUCUAGAGACGCAAUAAAAGUGCAAGUGUGUGCUCGCGGUGUAAGCGUGAUGCGUUCCUACGAGCGAGAACACGACGACUGCUGUUGAUGUUAUAUUUUUGUUAUUUUAUUAUAUUGCCUAUAUACGAUCCCGAGCCGACGCACGACGCGCCUUCACCGCGAAAAAUGCAAGCUUGUGACACAAGAAUGAUAAAUUUAAGUAAAAAUUAAGUACUGUACAAUUUCUGAAACCGUCGAACCCGCGGUGAAGACGCGUUUCUCGAUCGCGAUCGUUGAAAAAAAUAUAUAUAUACAGAGAGACGAAUGAAUGAGUAAAUAAAUAAAUAAAUAAAUAUAUAUAUAUAUAUUCGUGUUCGAAAAUUUUGUUAUUAUUGUAAAGAGUAUGACGAUGUAUUCGCUCAGUACCUGCAAAGAGGGUAACGAGUUGAAGCGCAGUUCGAUUCGAAAAUGCCUUCUUUGAGAAAUAAAAAAAAUAAAAAGAAACCGUAAAUAAUUGAAUCAAGCGAAACGAUCUCUUUCUCUCUCUCUCUCUCUCUCUCUCUCUCGACGUGCACCGUACGCGGGUCAAUUGAGAUAUACAAUACACAGCUAUAAGCAAACGAUAACUUCGCUCAUACGUACGUUUGUCUUUUUCUGAAAGAAAAUAAAAAUGGAAAACAAAACAAAGCAAGAUUACUAUAUAUUAAUAUGGUAUUCGAUCGGAUCUGUAAACUCGAAAGUAUAUAAUAAAAGCGGGCGAGAGAUGCGACUACGCGCACGAUAGAUACUUAUGUACGUAAACUACGUAGUACCUAAAAAAAGGCAAGAGUAUAAAGUUGAAAAAAUUAGCUGAAAGAAUAAGCAGAAGCCUGAUAAAAGUGAACGGGGGCGCCCGCCCCGACUCUACACAGCCGAGUUAAAGUAAUUUUAUUCUAGUUAGAAAAUGUAUACGACUAGCGUUUAACUGAGAAGCAAAGAGAGCAGUUAUAGAAGCGAGAGGGAGAAUAUACCUCUUACGCUGAUAUUACGACGAUGAAAAAGUCGCGUCGCUGAAACGUGGCGCGAGCUCAGUAUUUCUUAAGAGGAAUAUGUAAUAUUAAGAAUUAUUUAUUUUGUGGAUCUCCGUGUACGAUGAAGAGUUGGAAUAAGAUAAAGAAAAAAAAAUAAUAAGAGGAAUGUCCGCGCGCUCCACUGUGUACUAUACGAUUAAAUAUAAUAGGUGACGAGUAGGAGAGGCGCGAGAUGAUGAUGUGUCGUCGCGUUAUGUAAUAUCGCGCGUGAGUACCCGCGCGCGCGCGCGCGCGUAGUGCUAUAUAUAUAAAUAUAAAUGAUGUAGCCGUGUUUUUCUCUUUUCAUACUUUCUUUAAUGCGUAUAAAACAACAGAAAAAGGGGGAAUAAAUCUCAUUCAUUCUCCGAUUCGCCCGAGCCUUUUUUAAUCGGUCUAUUAUUAUAAAUAUGUGUGAGAACGUUUUUGAUCCCGCUGCGUGGCAAAAUUCUCUGUCUCCUUUUAUCCUUUGUAAUAUAGUAGAGAGUACCGUAUAUACGUAAACGUAUAUUUAAAAGAAUCAUAAACGAUUUUUUGUCGGCGACGAGUAUAAAAAACAAAACCUCGAGGAAUCUCUGGACGUGUAUUAUUAUUAUUAUUAUAUCAUUAUUAAUGUGUAUAACCUGAAGCUCUCCGUUUUUCUCGCUCCGAUCGAUGACGAUGAGGCGAUGGAAAGAGCCGUCGUCGGGGUUGGAAAAAGUCGCCGGAACAAAAAAUAAAAAAAUUAUCCUACGGAACGGCUGGCGUUCCGCGAUUUUUGUCAUUGUAAACAUUAUACCGAUUAUACGAUUGCUAUAAAAUGAAAAAAACGAAUAAAUGCGAUUCGAGUGCGAAUCAUGAGAAAAAAAACAAAAAA